CUUUUCCCGACUUCGUUGCUCUAUACCAACCCCGGUAGUCCGUCCGGGGGAGCCGAAGAACAACUCGACGAAAGUCCCAACUAUGGAAGGCGACAACAUAAUAAUAAUAAUGCCUGUUUGACUCGGGGACAUUUUCCAAGUGCACAGGGUUGCAUCUGAGUUGCUUGGUCAAUUGUCUCCGCCCCCAAAAGAUCCCACAAAAAAUGCCAGGCGUUUUGUCCAGUCCUGUGUGUCUGACAGUCAUCUGGUUGUUGUCUUGGUCGCUGCGCCUUGGUCGAGCUCAAAAUCAGACUGAUGAAGCGUCAGCCGUGCAGUACGGGCACAUGCAGUCAAAUGUGACACUGGCAUGCGGGAAGUCCCAAGUCAGGGUGCCUGUGACAUGGCGUCUCGACCACAGCACAGUGCUGCCGUGGCACCAAGUGACCUCUGACGGGACCCUGGUGCUGCUGCACGCCGACCACUCGGCGCAAGGCAACUACAGCUGCCACGACAGCCGGGGGCUCCUCCUCUACUUCAUCAGAUUGCGGCUGGGCUACCCCCCUGGGAAGCUGAACGUUUCCUGCCAAGUUCCCAAUCACACGCAUGUUCGCUGCUCCUGGACGGAGCGGGUAAAGACCUUCCUGCCAGCAGAGUACAACGCCACCUUCAAGGGGAUAAGUCAGGAUCAGAAGCCAUGCGUCCUGGAUGUGGCCCACAAGCACUGCGAUGUGAAUCAUCCUUCCUUCUGGCAGACCAUCCACACCUUGAGAAUCACAGAGACCAAUGCCCUGGGGUCCGAGACAACAUCUCACAGGGUUACAUUAUACAAGCAAUUGCAACCGAACCCUCCGCAGUCUCUGAUGGUGGAGGCCCUAAAGGGCCACCCGAAGAGACUGAUUGUUUCAUGGGACUACCCUGUCUCCUGGCCGCUGGAUGAUGCUUUCCCUCUCAUAUUUCACAUCAGAUACAAGCCAAAUGGCUCCAUGUACUGGUCAGAGGUUUUGUCCUUGGAGAGUCCCGUUGUCAUAACUGACGCCCUCGCUGGUCACCUCCACCAGGUUCAGAUCCAAGCCAGAGACGACUUGAUCUCUGACAGCAAGUGGAGUGAAUGGAGUCCCCUGCUUCUGGUCAGGCCUUGGGAAGCAGUCUACUCCACAACUGAAUCUCCAGAGGAGCUCCAGCCAGAGGAAACCUUUGCAGACAAUUUGUUCCCCUUCAGUACCAAACCGGAAAUAUCAACCCCAAAGUCACACAAUUCUGUACAUCCUGAGGAUGAAGGUAAUUUGGGUUUCGUGAUUCUACUGGUUAUGCUCUCUGUGGUCAUCCUCACCAUCGUCCUUUCCCUUAUCUUUGUCGUGUGGGUGAGACAGAGGCGGCAUGAUCAUAUAACCAAACAGGAACUCACCUCUAUGGUCAAGAUGAAGUCCAUGCCAAUCUAACAUUUCAAGCGUCCUUUUCAGCCCGUUCUAGGGCUGUAGCAAGCUGACCGUCCCUAUUCAACAACAUUAACCAGAAUGCAUCUGCCACGAUUCAAGGCAGGGAUAAACCCAUGCAGGCAACGGUGUGCAGAAGUAUAAUUUCACCAAAUAAAAAACCUGACUGACUGAGUUUAGUAACAAACAACGCUGCUUAAGGCCGACCGACUCCUCCCCCUAUUUUUGAGAGGAGCAACAUUUCUUGAACUUUUAAUGAACAUGUAAGAACAGGAAGUGCAGAGGUUUAUGGAGAGGGGAAGGUUUUGUUUUCUUUCUUCUUCUCUCCCACCAAGAAAUUCACACACUUUAUUCUUCUAGAUUCAUGUAAUGUUAUGAGUGGAGCAGUGGAUUAAUGUCCGUUAUUACACCGACUGACUGACUCAAUUCUGUGAAGGAAGCAUAACCGCCAGUCUCUCUGUAUGAGUGUGUGUGCAUCUGAUGCCAAAGCAGCAACUAUGGGCAUUAAUGGUCUCAGCUGAUGACCUGAGGGGCUGGACAUGGAGCAUAUGGUCCAGUGUGGGUCAUUAUUUCAUUACAACAAGUGAUUAUAUGUUGCAUAAUAUACAUGUUUUGUCUGACUGACAUCUUUAGUACAGUUCUGUCUUUUGCCAUACCUCUUUGUAUCCAUCCACUACUACUGAAUGUCUGUGAAAGACCCACAUGGAGGGAAGGAGAGAUACGGGCCUUUCACAAACCAUCAGCAUUAUAACUCACAUAGAUACUAAAUUAGCAGUAGUAAAAGAGUAUACUAAACUUUAGAUAUUCAGCACACCUGUCUAAAAUCCAAACAACCCCUACUAGCUUAUUUCUUGGUCUGUGUCAUCCAAUAAUUUCAGUAUUAUUAAAUAAAGUUUACACACACAUACACACAACUUUUUACAGAGCCAUUUUCCUGCCUGUAGGGUGCUGACGGGUGUCUUUGGAACCAAAACCCACACUGAUGUCACAGCCUUUACCUUUGUGGUUUGCACAUAGUUGCAAUGGUCAUUUAUAGGCAUGUUUGUGUCCACAGUAUGACUAUAGCUUCAUCAAACUAUUGUUACCAAUAUAAAUUGAUCCAUGGGAAAUAUGGUCAGCGUGUCACUGACCUCAUGGGUGUUUCUAGCUGCACCGCUAGCUUUGACUUAGCUUUGAGGGUGAGUAGGCUUUCACAGUCACUGCUCCCGGCCUUCUCUCUCAGUUCACUUCUCUUGUGUGUCGCAUCGGAACAGCUGGAGAAAACUUAAUGCUCUCUGGCGUCUAGUCCUCACUGCAAGAAAGGCCUGAAAUACCUUUGUUGAAGAGUAUAUGUGGUUUAGUUUUGUUAACCAAGUGUCCUGUCUGCAGCUGAUGUGAGGGGUUCUACUACUCGCAUUGACAAAUAAGAUUUUCUCUGUGUCAUCAGUCUGGUGGUGUUGCAUUUCUGCAAAUUUGCUGAAAAAAAUUUAAAUUAAAAAGUAUCUAAAAUAACUAAAUAUACUUAAAUAUAAGUAAGUACUUUUCAUGUUGUGUUGCUAUGUUUUCCAUAAUACGUCAAUAUUUUGUUAGUCAAUUAAAUCUUGUUAUUAACUAUUUGAUUGAUUUGAUUUGAUUUGACUGAUUAAUUCAUUGAUUAAAAGAAUACAAGGUGGAUGAAACCUUUUCCAGUUUGAACUGUGUGUUCUCAAAAGCUAGCUCCACAUAUCAUGCAUGGUUCCAGGCUUUAAAAAAUCCUUUCAUGUAUGUCAUCAUAAUAUAUGUUAAAAGAAGUAUGAUUAAGGCAUGGGUUCACAGACAUUGUGUUAUUAGACAAAUUGGCUGUUGAUUGUAAUUUUGCAGAUCAAAAACAUAAUUUGGGAUGGGUUUCACAAUUGGAUUCUAUUAUAAAAUAAUAAUUAUAAUAUAAUUAUAAAUUCCAAUUGUGUAACCCAUUAGACAAAUGAUGUUUUUUAUUUAAUUGAAAAAUUACGUUAAAAUAUUUUUGUACAAGAAAUCUAAACAGAAGAACUGACAACACAAUUCAGUUCAUGAUCAAAAUAUGUGUUACUGUACUAUAAGUGUACAGGCAAAGUGUUAAAUUAGUACAAUACUAAUUACGUCUUGUCCCAACUUUCACUUUAACCCCCCCACAGUGAUCCUGGAGACAUUCAGAGAUCUUAUACUUUGUUUGAAUUGGAGGCAAAUUUGUAAGAUAAUAAGAGUCAAAUUAUUCGUGCAAUUCGCUGCAUUAUAAAAUUGUUAAUGGCUUAGCCAGUAAUGGAUGUUGGGGUUUUUUAAUCACUAUAUUACCUCGUAUAUUCACCAAUAAUUUCUUUAAAUGCAAGUCAGUCCAAAUAACUUGUAUAUUGAAUUUUUUUUCCCAUUCUUUACUAUGGCUUUGUAACACACUGAGCAUUUUAACUAGUCACACAAUUGAACUUAAAUGCAAAAUAAUGGUGGCAAUUUUUCAUAAUUGCUGGGUUUCACCGGUAACAAAGUUUGUAUCUUUCAAAUCGGAACAAUAAAAUAAAAGUGAGAAAGACAUUUUAAAAAUGUUAUUUCUAAUGAUACAUUUUUUAGUCACAUGGGAUAUAACCCCUCCAUCAGACUGAAUCGUGUGGGCAAUGUGCAGCGUUCGGGGAUUUCCCUGUAUUCAUGGCUCAAAGUGAUUUGUUUCUUGUCUCCAUGGAGUGUUAUCAUGAAUUCCUAUCUUUGUUUCAUAGUAGUUGUGUUUUAGGUUUUUGUGGAAAAUUUUGUGGUAUUCUCGGUUUGUCUAUGUUCCUCUGCAGUAUGUGAUGAAAGUUGGAGCCUUUUGUUUUUAGUUCUCAAAGCUCAAAUUACACUCAGGCAUCCAUUCUCAUGUACAUUAUAUUUGUUUCCCUUUACGUGUAUGACAAAUAUCAGUAUACGUUUUUCUUUUUCUUCCUUUACUUGUAUUUGUGAAAUAAAUACUAUUUUAUCAUACUUUUA